AUGUGCGCAGAUCAUCGUCGGAAAUGGGACCGGGCCUACUUCGAGAAGUUGGCAGAUCAAAGAUCAACUGAAGAACUGGAGGCUCUUCGCAACGCUCGCACCGAAAAAGAAACUGUUAAGCGCCAGCCUCUUAAGGCCCGUGAAUACACUAUUGAUCUUGAAUCUAACCUUAACAAGUCUCAAGUCAUUGCUAAAACCGGACCCGGCAGCUCCCAGGCUGGAUAUUACUGUGAAGUCUGUGAUUGUGUAGUUAAAGACUCCAUUAAUUACCUGGACCACAUAAAUGGUAAAAAGCAUCAAAGAAACCUUGGAAUGUCAAUGCGUAUUAAACGUUCGACCUUGGAAGAAGUAAAAGGUCGUUUUUCUAUGCACAAAAAGGCUCAGGAGCAGAAAGCACAAGAGUACAGCCUUGAUGAGAGAAUGAAACAGAUUGCAGAGGAAGAGGAAAAAGUAAAGGCCUAUAGAAGGGAGAGACGAAAAGAGAAGAAAAGGAAAGCCGAGGAUCCUGAUUUGUUGGACGAGGAUGUGGCCGCCACCAUGGGAUUUGGUGGUUUCGGUUCUUCUAAGAAGGCUCGUUAA